AUGUCCGCUCUACCUCCGGAGUCGUGCCCAACAUCGAGCUUAACCGCUACAACCACAUCUUCAGCCGCCUCUCCAACAACGACAGCCCAGGCAAGCAGGAGCUUGCGUAGAGCGGAAGACAUACGUUCAUCGGACCUCUUUGACGACUCGCAAGAUGCCAAGCCGAUCCCAGAACAGACGAAUGGCGUGGCCUUAAGCAGAGGCGGCCUGCGGGCGUCGAUCAAACGCAAGCUCCUCGACUUCAAAGACCGUUCGAGUCAAGACGACUCCUUUGGCGCCGGAUCUAGCAAGGGACACUCACGUUCUAUGUCGGACGCAACAGGCCUCAGUCGUCGCCCCAUCCUGCCUAUACAUUCCGCGAGCGCACCUGUUGAGAUGGGAGGGAAGGUGGAACCGAGUUCAGAGACCAUGCCGAGGAGGCGCCCUGCAGUUGCGAGAGAUGGCCCUGACUCUGAACCAGGGGAUGAGUCAUCUGCCUCCGCUGGACCCUCCGACUGUACAUCGACUCCGCAGCGGAGUGGGGACGCGAAGACGGGGCUUCGGGCAUCGCUCAAACGCAAGUUCCGAGACUUGAAGGACCGUUCGCGGAUGCUCGGCCGCUCCUACUCUCUCAACGCCCAAGGCGAAACAAUGCCAACCCCCAGCAGAGGUGUGCGCAAGGCACAUUCCCGCUCAUUGUCGGAUGUGACGGUGCUGGCGCAGUCUAUCAGCCCGCCCGUCGCUGUGCACCGGCCGGAUGGUGUUGUGGUGGAUUUGAAGGGCAAAGGAAGAGAGGAUGAUGGCCAUGCUGCAGGAAGAUUACCGGCAACCCUCCCGCCGCCAUUGCCCAUCCUAACGGAAGGCGUGGCUGAACCCCCGACGGCGACUCUGGAAUCUGGCUCGCCAGCGAUUGGCAAUAUUCGUGUCCCACAGCUUCUGCAACUCGGCACGCCGAUGACAAAGGUGUCUGCGAAGAAGCACCAGAAGUUCGUCUUUCGACUCGACGCCGAUCUUGGGCAAAUCGUUUGGGAGAGCAAGAAGCACAAGAUUAUCCCCAUCGAGAAUAUCAAGGAGAUCCGUUCAGGCGAAGAUGCACGAUACUAUCGCCAGCAGUUCCAACUUUCCUCUGACUAUGAAGACCGCUGGCUUACGAUCAUCUACUUCCUCUCUAACUCAUACAAGACCCUGCAUCUCAUCGCCGCCACAAGGGAUGUAUUUCGACUGUGGGACCGAACCCUUCGACAAUUACAUGCUGUUAGGCAAGAGUUGAUGAAAGGGCUAGGCAACGGCGAAAUGCGAGAGAAAUUGUGGGAGAAGCAGUAUUGGAAGGGUGCCGAUGAAGAAGAGGACCAGAAACUGUCCCUCGAGGAGGUGGAGAAGCUGUGCCGCCGGUUGAACGUCAUGUCGAGCAAGGAGGACCUUGGACGGUUGUUCAAGCAAGCGGACACCCAACAACGCGGCUUCCUCGAUUUCGACGACUUUCGGCGGUUCGUCAAGCUUCUUAAGGCUCGUCCAGAGAUCGAUAGACUGCACAAGAAGCUUCGAGCUCCAAGCGGAGGCGUUUUCGAUUACUCUGUUUUCGAGAAGUUCAUGCGAGAAAAGCAAAAGUCAACAUUGAAACCUUCUGAACUGAGGGACUUGUUCGAUAAAUACGCUGUGCUAGGAGACCCUACAUUGUCGAGGUCCGACACUGGUAGUUCACUCGAGCCCUUGGUUGCAGACGGUUGGGGAACCUCUGCCCCUGCGCCCUCAUCUUCCUCGCCCUCGUCAGCUCCACCCGACGAUUCAUCCCCUUCAUCAACCAUCGUGCCACACCUUACCCUUCAGGCAUUCACUUCAUUCCUUCUCUCGCCUGACAAUUCGGCUUUCGCAGACCUGCACCACGGCGUUUGGCAUGACAUGACACGUCCACUAGCCGAGUAUUUCAUCUCUUCCUCUCACAAUACCUACCUUGUUGGACACCAACUCGUCGGUGUUAGCACCGUCGAGGGAUAUAUCCGGGCGUUGCUGGCUGGGUGUCGCAGCGUUGAGGUUGACAUAUAUGAUGGAGAAUCCGAGCCCAUGAUUACCCAUGGAAAGACCUUUACGUCUAAAGUCUCCCUUAAAGAGGUUUGCGAGGCGAUUGCGAAGUACGGCUUCGUCGCAUCUCCCUACCCCAUCAUCAUAUCGGCGGAAGUGCACUGUGGACUGGCGGGGCAAGACAUGAUCGCCAACAUCAUGAUCAGCACGUUCGGCGAGGCCCUCGUACGAAUCAACCCCGGCGACAGUCCUGACAAGGUUGAAAUUUUACCGAGUCCUGAGGAACUGAAGUAUAAGAUUUUGCUGAAAGCUAAGAAUCUCCACCUCAUCCACAGCGACUCCGGAGACAGCGACGGUGGUUACGCUACGGACCCUUCAUCAUCCGCAUCGGAUUCGGAGGCGUUCUUUGACCUUGUUCAACACUAUAAGAAACAGCCCCAGACACCGCUACCCCAGGUCGAUUCACCUAUCGCCGCUUCCAUCGACAGUGCAGUACCGCCCAUGACACCCACAAAAAUCAAGACGAAGAAAGGGAGUAGCUCUGACGCCAGUGUCAAAGAACAAAUAUCGAAAGCCCGUACGAAUAUCCUCCAACGUGUCCGGGGGGUUGGACGUGCCGGCUCAAGGUCCUCAAACGCAUCGCUACCACCGACACCGACUGCGAUUGACACGGUGCUGCCUGGUGUUGCUCUUUCGCAGUCGCCGCCAUUGAUAACGUCACCAGCCCUUCAAUCCAACUUACCUUUUUCGCCUCCGCCUUCUGCGGUCCUAAUUUCGUCUCCAGCAACCCAGAAUGUUCCCAAUGCCAACCAACGGACAACCUUUGAGAUAGACACCCGACCCCGACCAGGCAACCUCACCUUCGCUUCGACCCCUGGUACCUCGAUUCCCAUUCCGAUCCCUACUCCCUUAUCACCGGCCCGAGCUAUGACGUCCACACCUCGGCCCAAGCCGAAGAUGUCCAUGGCCCUGGUGGCCCUCCUCGUAUAUACCGUUGGUGUCAAGUGCCGUGGACUCAACAAAAAGGAAGAGUAUGCGCCAGAGCAUGUGUUUUCUCUAUCAGAGAAUGUGUUGAACAAGACACUCCGUUUCGGGAAUGGGAUGUGGGAUUUGAUCAAGCACACGAAGGGGCAUUUGGUGAGGACCUACCCGAAGGGCACCAGGCUGAGCUCAACAAAUUACGAGCCUCAUCGUUUCUGGGCAGCCGGUGCCCAAUUGGUGGCAAUUAAUUGGCAAACUUUUGACCUGGGCUUCAUGAUCAACCACGCCAUGUUUCAACGAAACGGGCGGUCAGGCUAUGUCCUCAAGCCCAUGGCGAUCCGCCUCGCGCAAAAGGACCUUCUUGCCAAGCGUACAAUGUACAACCUCGAGGCGACAAUUAUCUCCGCACAGCAGCUCCCUCUGCCCCGCGAUGCGUCUGGCCGCGAGGUUGCUGAUCGCGCGAUUGUGGAUCCGUACGUCGAGGUGACAGUUUAUAUUCCCGAUUGGCCAAUUCUAGGCGAAAGGCCCGCAGCUAGCGUGAAGAAAAGCCGGUCGAUUUCAAGGAGCAGGGGAAGAGAUAAGUCGCGAGAAAGAGGCGAGAGAAGGGAAGACUCGACUGAUAUUGCUCAAUCCCCAUCUGUCGACAAUAAAGGAUUCCUUUCUCCAACUCCUUCGACACCACUCACUUUAACACCUUUGGGACUGAGCAAUUCCGGCCCAGCUUCCACGCCACCUCGUGCUGUUUCCUCACGGACCUCAGUUGUCAGGCGGAACGGAUUCAACCCCGUAUGGGAAGAGAAGCUCGCUAUUCCAUUCGACGUUGUUGGCGAUAUGAUGGACCUUGUAUUUGUGCGCUUCGUCGUUCGCCAGGAGGACAAGGAAGGAGACGAGCCUCUUGCUGUCUAUUGUGCAUCGUUGGGAAGUUUACAAUCUGGCUAUCGCCAUCUCCCUUUGCAUGAUUCUCAACUUUCUCAAUAUCUUUUCUCGACGCUCUUUGUCCGUCUUAAUCUCAAAUCCGUAGCUAGUUCCAUUUCAUGA